CGCUCGUCAAGAUUAAACUCUGACUCGCACCUCGCACCUCACAACAACUCGCACUCGUGACUCUACGCUUCACUUCAAGCCCCAAGGCGGAGCCAAAGCCGAUGUAUCCCUGGAACUUGCCCAUUCGCAGUCUUCGAUCAGCGAGGCCAUCACGCUCCGCACUCGUACAUUCAUAGGGGCUCUCUCUAGGCCUGGGAAGAAGCGAAUUGCUUGCCUCUCAGUCAUCAUUGUCAGCUUGACCGACCCCCUCACGCCUCUCGCUAUUUUCGAACACUGCUCGCGAGCUCACACUUCAAAGAGGAACUGCCCUGCCUGCUGACGCUCCUAUUCGCCCCUCCCAAUCACGCGAUGAACCGCCUCUUCGGCUCGCGUCAAGCAGCACCCAAGCCGAGCUUGGACGAGGCUAUCAAAUCCACGGAUGCUAGAGCCGAGGGAGUGCAAGCCAAGAUCCGAAACUUGGAUGUGGAGCUAGCCAAGUACAGGGAUCAGUUGAAACGUGCGCAAGGAGCCGGUAGGAACGCUAUUCAGCAGCGCGCGCUUCGAGUGCUGAAGCAGAAGCGACUGUACGAAGGGCAGUACGAGCAACUGGUGCAGCAGUCUUACAACAUGGCGCAAGCCGAUCUCACGACAGAGAACCUGCGCAACACGAUGGCCACCGUAUCGGCUAUGGAUGCGGCGAACAAGGAAAUGAGAAAGACGUAUGGAAAGAUUGAUCUCGACAAGAUCGAAAGGACGAAUGACGAGAUGCAGGAUCUGAUGGAGAUGGCCAAUGAGGUGCAAGAAAGUCUGGGCAGGCAAUACGAAGUUCCCGACGAUAUCAACGAGGAUGAGCUCCAGGCUGAGCUGGAUGCACUCGGCGACGAUGUGGCUGCCGAAGCUCUCACCGAAGGCGCAACGCCCAGCUACCUCAACAAUGCCGAGGGUGCCAAGGAGCUCGAUGGCCUUCAAGCUCCGACCGACCAGAUCGGUGAGGCGGGAAAGCAAGAAGCUGUUCGUGCAGUGUAGCUUGGCAAUCGCUGCUCAUGGCCCCGAACUUCUUCGUUGGUCAAACUCCGUUCAUAUGUACUUGUAUCAUCACCCUAUCUCUCAACUAUCUUCAUGCCGGGCAGACGUUGCACUCGUUGGUCUUUCGUUCGAGAUGCGAACAAAGUGACGACCGACACAGCGCUAGCUCGAGGGGGAACACCUCUCAAGAGCCACGAGUAGAGAUGCGUGUCCAAAAUCGAAGGGCCAAAGAAUCGCAACUGCGAACGGUGAUCCUUGGAGUGACCAAAGAGCAUCACGCGUCCAGACGGACCUCAUGUAGGGGUAGAUCGGAUCGCACGUACAUAGUGCGGGGUCACUGCAAUCACGUGAAUGCUCAUACAGGAA